AUGAACUACGAUACUUUAUGUCAAAUUUGUCAAGAAAAAUCAGCACCGUAUAGGUGUCCGAAAUGUCAACUGAAGUAUUGUAGUUUAACGUGCUACCGUGAUCAAUUGCAUGAGAAAUGUUCGAGGAAAUUCGACGAAAAAGAAUUGAUCGAUUCGAUGACCAUCGAUGAGAUUCCUGAUGAAAAUCGAACGACGACGAACAAUUUCGUGCGAGAAAGAAUCGAAGAUAUACUGAAACGGAAAUUAGAUGAAAAAGACUUUCAUAAUGACGAAGACGAUGGACAAAUUGAUGAACUUUUCGAACAUUUAUUACCGACAAAAGACUCGCAAGCAUAUCGAGAAGAAAUGGGUGAGAAUGAUGAAGGUGACGAUGAUGAAGGUGAAGAGCGUAUUGCCAGUGACGAAGAACCACCUCCAGAUUUACCGAAUGAUGUCGAUGAAUCAGAUGAGAAUGUCAAUCAACUAUGGAGUUAUUUAACCACAGAAGAGAAACAAGAGUUUAAAAAAAUGUUACAAGAUGGACGGAUUUCCCAUUUACUCAACGACUAUAAACCAUGGAAACCAUGGUGGUUAUUUAAAACUUCUGCACCACCGCUCGUGUCGGAUUUAGACACUUCGACAGCAUCUGGUCUACCUGAUACGAUUCCAGCAAUCGCAUCGAAUAUUGUACCGCUUCCAUCAUUAACAUCGAUCCUCCCUCAUGUUCACGUGCGAUUUGAUGUAUUUGAAGUUCUCUUUGCCUAUGUUCUUAUCAGUAUUCGUUAUCGAGGAGAUUUUCAACCUUACAUAGCCGAAGCUGGCACUGAAUUCGUUCAUGUCGCAUCAAGACAUUUCACCCAAAAACCAGAUCCAUUCGACGAACAAGAAGAUCCUGUCUCAAUCCUUCGCACACGUACUUCCCUACUUCGAGAAUGUCUACACAAUGAAACAAUCUCGUGUUCUAUCUCGGAAGAAUUCUUUGUUAAUUUAUUCGCUGAUGUCAUCAGCAUCAUUCAUGGUCCAUAUUCGCGUCAGACACCGUCAAACACUUAUGUACUCGCGGCACUCUCCGAUCUCAAACGAUUUCUGAUUCAAAUUCAAGAUUAUAAGCCACCAGAGUCUGAAGAGUCGAGCAAGCCGAGUUCAACCAUAACAAACGUAUUUCAUACCAAUCGACCAGUCAAAGCAAAACAGCCCGUCAACCGAUCAGCCAAUAGUAAAUUGCGUAUUGAAUCAAAACCAACUAUUUCGAAAACAUCUCCACUGAAAAAGACCAAAAAACCAAAAAUCUUCAGUCGAAAACUAGUUCAGUCACUUUCACAUAAAAUCGAUUAUUUUCUAAGUUGGACGAUUACACAUUCGAAUCGCUUAGUCAUACUCGAACACGAAUUAGAACAAAUUGAACACGAACUUCGCUAUGAACUAACCCAAUAUCAGCAUGACAAGAAUCGAAUUGAGAGAAACUUAAAACAAAUUCGUUUACACCAACAAUCAACCAAUGUUUCUAAUCGCAUACAAGAAUUGUAA